UAGGAGGUCGGGGCGCGGCGGGGUGGCGGCUGCUGCCGGAGGAGCGGGGCAAAGGCGGCGUCCGGCGGGCAUGGAGCUGGGCGCGGUGCUGGAGGCCGUGGAAGGGCGCGGUGGCGCCGAGGUCGUGGAGCGGGUCCUGGCACGGUACAACGAGGAGAAUCGGACCAUUUUCAGAUUUGAUCCAGCAGAUGAAGACAAAAGAAAGAAACUAUGUGAGGGAAUUCUAAACAUCCUUGAAGAAGACACAAAAACUUCAUGUCAAGUUGCCUGCCUGGAGGCCCUGCGGAUUCUCUCCAGGGACAAGAAGGUUUUAGUGCCUGUAACCACGAAGAGGAACAUGCAGAUCCUCAUGAGGCUAGCAAAGCUGGACACUGUGGAAGAUCCUUUGGAGAGAGUGUCUGAAUUUCCUGUUAUAGUAGAAGCUUUAAAAUGCCUCUGUAACAUAAUUUUUAAUAGCGCUAUUGCACAGAAGCUCAGUUUGGAGCUAAAUCUUGCAGCUAUGCUCUGCAAUCUUCUGGAAAAAUGCAAGGACCAACAGUUUGUUGAUGACAUUAAAUGCUUUGAUUUGCGUCUCCUCUUCCUCUUGUCGCUUCUGCACACAGAUAUUAGAUCGCAGUUGCGGCAGGAACUACAAGGGGUGCAAGUUCUGACUCAGGCUUUGGAAAGUUCCCUGAGUGUAAGAUGGACAGAAGAAUAUAAAGCAGCGGAAGAUCGUGACAGGCCUCCUUUAUCUUUGCAAGAGACGGAUUGUGCCAUUGAGGCACUAAAGGCUCUUUUUAAUGUAACGCUUGACAGUUGGAAUGUCCACAGCGAGAACGAAUCUCAUCAAUUUCGUUACAUGGCUGCCAUCCUUCGACACUGCUUAUUAACUGCGGGCCCUACUGAGGACAAAACUGAAGAGUUGCACAGCAAUGCAAUCAACCUCUUAAGCAAUGUUCCCGUUUCUUGCUUGGAUGUUCUUAUUAGUCCAUCAUCCCAAGAGGAGUCAGAUAUAAAAUACAAUGGUAUGAAUAUGGGAGCAAUUCAAAUUUUACUGGAUUUCAUGGAGAAGAGAAUAGACAAGGGAAGCAGCUAUAGAGAAGGUCUGACUCCAGUUCUCAGUUUAUUAACUGAAUGCUGCCGAACUCAUAGGAAUAUCAGGAAGUUUAUCAAAGCUCAGGUAUUGCCUCCAUUAAGAGAUGUAUCAAAUCGUCCAGAAGUUGGCACAACAGUGAGAAACAAGCUUGUGCGCCUUAUGACACAUGUUGAUCUUGGAGUAAAGCAAAUUGCAGCAGAAUUUCUUUUUGUUCUUUGUAAAGAGAGAGUCGACAGCUUGUUAAAAUACACAGGCUAUGGUAAUGCAGCAGGAUUGCUGGCAGCAAGGGGCCUGUUAGCAGGAGGAAGAGGAGAUCAUUGGUACUCAGAUGAUGAAGAUACCGAUACAGAAGAAUACAAAUCUGCAAAGCCAAACAUUAACCUUAUCACUGGUCACUUAGAAGAACCAAUGCCCAAUCCGAUGGAUGAAAUGACAGAAGAACAAAAAGAAUAUGAAGCUAUGAAGCUUGUCAACAUGUUUGAUAAACUUUCCAGGAUUAGGACCACUUUAACUGCAGGGAAAAAUGUUUAGCACCUCAAAGAAAAGAGUGAUAUGUAACAGGACUUCAGAGGGAAGGCUCUUCUGGAGAGGAUUGGACAGAAUCAGGAAGAUCUGGUGGUGAGGGGACCUGCCUCCUAAAUGGAUAGACUGAUAAUAAUGAAAAGAAUUUCUCCUUUUAAAGUAUGGGACACAAUCCAAGCCCAAGGCAAAUGUAAUCACUUUCACCAAGUCAGUGAGCAGCAUCUCAUGGUAACUACUUAUGUCUGCUGCUUAUACGAAGAACAAAUACAGUGUGAAAAUAGUUGUCACCAGAGGCAGUAAAUUAUAUAAUGGAGCAAUGAAAAGGGAAUUUACAAUUAAGAAUUAUUGUGGAUUUGUUAAAAUAAGUGUGGACUGAUUUACAAAUGAGCCUUUAUAAUUUGUUUUAAAUGACAGGUAAUGCCAUGAAAGAAAAUGGUACUUAAUGUGACAUAAAGGUGUACAUUAUUAAUACAGAAAGUUCAUUUUUAUUUUAUAACUUUUUACAUACAAACAGGGAACAGACCUGUGCUGUUAGCUACAGCUUUUUUUCCUCUUUGACUCAGUAUGCCUAGAAUUUGCUGAUUUUUCUUCCCCCAUGCUUGUAGCCAUAUUGGAGUGAUUGGUUGUAGUUAUUCUGCAUAAGAGAAGUUUUACAUUCUUGAGGAACACGUAAUGUAAUACUAAUUUACUAUUGAAGUGAGCUGUAGGAAUUUAGGUAAAUAUAUUAAGUGGACCAUUCUUCAAGCAUGGGAAAAUUCAGCAGCUACAAAUGUGUCUGUGUGUUAUGAGAGUCUGUAGAUAGUCAAAUAAUGAGAUUUCUCUCAAAUAUUGAGAGAAAUUCAGCAAACCAAGUAUUUUUACAUCUCUGUUAAUGAUUAGGAAUACAGCAAAAGAUACAGGAGAAUCUGGAUUUUAUUAGCUGACAAAGACUGAAUUAUAAGCAGGAGCGAAAGCAGGGAAGGAUCUUGGAACAACUGAUCUGAGACUGUCAGUGAAGUAAUUGGAUACUUUUUCACAUUAUUUGCAUGGAAAGCAAGUGUAGUAUGUUACUGUCUUUUUAAUAAAGAGAAGAAAAUGCAAUGCAUACGUAAUCUUAAUUGAACUGCUGUGUAAAAUGGAAUGAUUGCUAUGUCAGCUAGAGAAUUAGGAUGCUGAGCCUUAGGGGUACCACAAUAAAAUGACCAAAUGGUCUAAAACUUUUUUAAAAGGAAGAUUGAGACCGGAGAUAAACCAGGACUGAAGAAGAGUCAGUUGCUGUAGCAGUUACACAAAAAGUCCAAAUGGCGUUACUGUAGCAUAAGAGCCUUUUCAGUUUGGAGGAUCGGAGACACCUGCUGUGUUGCCGGCUACAAACUGACAGUCGUGAAGCAGCUGGUGCCCUGUGUCACUACUUAUCCUCUUGGCCAGUAGCAUUACUGGGGAUUGAAUAGAAUAGAAUAACUUUGGAAGUAAGUUACCUUGCACUUUCUGUGUCAGUUACAUCCACCUGCAGUUUCUUCUGUAGUACUUGGACUGCAAACUCUUCAGGACUGGGACUCUCUUUGUCGUAACGUUUUUGUUUGGGUUUUUCUACAGUGAUUACUGUGGGACAGUGUUGUUGAUGUGACCCCUUUAGGUGCCGUGAUAACGUGAAUAAAAUCACUUGGCUGUUCCUCGCACCCUUUUUGUUUUACUGAAAAUUGAGAUGGGGGAAAUGCUGGCA